AACCCUAAACCCUUUUAAACUCUUCCUUGCUUCCCGAGUCUCUCCCCAACUCCCUCACCGGCAACCGCCGCUCCUUCAGUCGUCAUAUCCCCAUCUUCGCCGGCCUUCGCUAUCAUUUUUCGUUCAGAAGAAAGUGCCGGAUAACAAGGAGCGGAUAUGGGUACGCCGGGCAAUUUCGAGGAGCUACAGGAACUUUUUAGACACCACAUACAGUCCUUUGAUCACUUUGUUGAAGCAGGAUUGGAUACAUUAUUACUUUGCAUCAAACCUAUCACAGUCUAUGACUCUUCCACUAAGACUAGCCUCAGGAUAUGGCUGGGUAAAUCUCAUUUAUUUGCACCGGUAAAGGACCAAAUGUCGAAAGCAAUGAAGGAGCCUCUCCUCCCUUUUGAAUGUCGGCAGGCUAAAAUCUCUUAUACAGGAAAGUUCAUUGCUGAAGUUUGCUUUGAGUAUGGUAAUAAAGGAGUUGCUAUAAGAGACAACUUCAAUUUUGGGCAGAUUCCCAUAAUGCUAAAGUCAAAACUUUGCCACUUGCGAAAUGCCGAUCCCCAAAAAUUAGUUUCUUACAAAGAAGAGUCAUCGGAGAUGGGUGGUUACUUCAUCUUGAAUGGGCUUGAAAGAGUUGUUCGUCUUUUAAUAAUGCCAAAGAGGAACUAUCCAACGAGUACGGUUCGUAGCUCAUUUCGUGAUCGUCGAGAAGGAUAUACUGAUAAAGCAGUUGUUAUAAGAUGUGUAAGAGAAGAUGAGUCUUCAGUGACAGUCAAACUGUACUACCUCCGAAAUGGAAGUGCAAGACUUGGAUUCUGGGUACAGGGAAGGGAGUACCUGCUUCCUGUUGGCAUUGUUUUAAAGGCCCUUAUUGACACAAAUGAUCGUGAAAUUUAUGCGAGCUUGACCUGCUGCUAUAAUGAGAAGUAUGACAAGGGAAAAGGUGUUGUUGGCACCCAGCUUCUGGGUGAAAGAGCACAAAUUAUUCUAGAUGAAGUUCGAGAUUUGUCCCUUUUUAAUCGUAUUCAAUGUCUAGAGCACAUUGGAGAGCAUUUCCAACCUAUUAUGCAGGGACUGGAAAACGCAAGUCAUUCUGCUAUUGCAGAUGCUGUUCUGAAGGACUACAUAUUUGUUCACCUUGAUAACAAUCACGACAAGUUCAAUUUGCUCAUUUUUAUGGUGCAGAAGCUUUUUUCAUUCAUAGAUCAGACUUCAGUGACAGACAGCCCAGAUUCCCUGCAAAAUCAUGAAGUCUUACUCCCUGGUCACUUGAUUACCCUUUAUAUGAAGGAAAAAUUAGAAGAUUGGUUGUACAAGGUAAAGAAGCUUCUUCAAGAUGAGAUCGACAAAAAGGGCAAAUCUUUUGAUUUGGGCGACUUGGCUCAAGUAAAGAAGGUUAUGGAUAAAGCUCCGGCAAAACACGUCAGUUUAGCAGUUGAAAACAUGUUAAAAACUGGAAGGCUUGUUACUCAAACAGGUCUAGAUUUGCAGCAGAGGGCAGGCUAUACAGUUCAGGCAGAGAGGCUUAAUUAUUUACGUUUCAUUUCUCAUUUUCGUGCGGUUCAUCGAGGGGCUUCAUUUGCUGGACUUCGUACAACCAGUGUGCGGAAGUUGUUACCUGAAUCUUGGGGUUUCCUCUGCCCUGUUCACACACCUGAUGGGGAACCUUGUGGCUUACUAAAUCAUAUGACUUGCAAUUGCCGAAUUACAUCGCACUACGAUUCACAAGGAGAACUUAGAGACUUCUACAAGAUUAGAAUGUCUAUCCUCAGUGUUUUGGUUCAGGUUGGAAUGUCGCCUGCAUUGCCAAAGUUGGUUCAAGCUGGUCCUCCUGAAGUUCUUUCUGUUCUCUUGGAUGGUCGUAUAGUUGGUUCUAUAUCUUCCAGUGUAAUUGAGAAAGUUGUGGCUCAUUUACGGAAAUUGAAAGUCUCACCUGAUUCAGGGAUUCCCGAUGAUCUCGAAGUGGGAUAUGUUCCUUUAAGCAUCGAUGGUACUUAUCCUGGUUUGUACCUGUUCACUUGUCCUUCUAGAUUUGUUCGGCCAGUCAAAAAUAUUUCAAUCCCUUCUACCGAAGGCCAAAAUAUUGAACUUAUUGGCCCAUUUGAGCAGGUUUUCAUGGAAAUAAAAUGUCCUGAUGGUGGGGAUGGCGGAAGAAAAGAUGCGUUUCCUGCCACUCAUGAAGAAAUACAUCCAACUGGCAUGCUAAGUGUGGUAGCUAAUCUUACACCUUGGUCAGAUCAUAAUCAGAGUCCACGUAACAUGUACCAGUGUCAGAUGGGAAAACAAACAAUGGGUUUCUCUUUACAAGCGCUUCACUGUCGUGCUGAUCAAAAACUAUAUCAUCUUCAGACUCCGCAAUCUCCCAUUGUGCGCACAAGUACAUAUACAAAGUACAACUUGGAUGAGUAUCCAAUAGGCACUAAUGCAAUAGUUGCUGUAUUGGCUUAUACCGGAUACGAUAUGGAAGAUGCCAUGAUUCUAAAUAAGUCAUCUGUGGAUCGUGGAAUGUUUCGUGGACAAAUAUAUCAGACAGAGACAGUUGACUUAUCUGAUCAAGGUAGCAGGUCUGAUAGGUCUCAAACAAUGUUUAGAAGAAGUAACGUUGAUAAAUCAAUGCAUUCUUUGAUUGAUUCAGAUGGCCUCCCUUAUGUUGGUCAGACAAUAAAUCCAAACGAACCCUUUUGUUGCAUUUACAAUGAGGUAACAGGUGAUACAAGAACCAGCAAAAAAAAAGGUUCAGAACCUGCUGUUGUUGACUAUGUUUCUGUUGACAUGAAGACCAAGAAACAUGUUUAUAAGGCCAAUAUACGCUUUCGACAACCUAGGAAUCCUGUGAUUGGUGAUAAAUUUAGCAGCCGACAUGGGCAGAAAGGUGUGUGCUCGCAGUUGUGGCCUGAUAUUGAUAUGCCAUUUUCUGGGAUUACAGGAAUGCGUCCAGAUCUUAUUAUAAAUCCUCAUGCAUUUCCUUCAAGGAUGACAAUAGCCAUGCUUUUGGAAUCAAUUGCUGCCAAGGGAGGUAGCUUGGAAGGAAAAUUUGUCAAUGCGACGCCAUUUUCUAGUUCAGUUAAAAAUCCUAAUGAAGGAACUGAAUCAAAACAUCACAAUGGACUUGUUGAUGAACUUGGUCAAAAGUUAAAAGAGAAGGGAUUUAAUUACCUUGGCCUUGAGGUGUUAUACAGUGGGGUUUAUGGUACAGAACUCACAUGUGAGAUCUUUAUGGGUCCUGUCUAUUAUCAACGAUUACGGCACAUGGUUUCUGAUAAAUUUCAGGUUCGGUCCACAGGAACAAUAGACCAGGUGACCCGGCAACCCAUCAAAGGUCGAAAACGUGGGGGUGGUAUUCGUUUUGGGGAGAUGGAAAGAGACUCCAUGCUUGCCCAUGGAGCUUCAUACUUGUUGCACGAUAGGCUUCAUACAUGUUCCGAUCUUCAUAUUGCUAACGUGUGUUCUCUGUGCGGAAGCCUCCUCACAACAUCGUUCCUUCAGCACCAAAAGCGGGUUGUUCCCCAAGUGGGCGGGUUACCUCCCAGGCAAGCCUCUAGAAAGAUCACAUGCCAUUUGUGUCAAUCGAGUAAAGGGAUGGAGACCGUCGCAAUGCCCUUUGUUUUCAGGUAUUUGGCUGCAGAGUUAGCUGCUAUGAACAUAAAAAUGAGCCUCCAGCUAAGUAAUGGUGCCACAGCCUGAUUGAUUUGUCUCCACAGUUAGAAGCUGAGGAAACAGGAGUAAGAAAUAUUCUCAAUUUUGUUGUACAUAUUUAUUGAUUUUUCACAUGGCUGAGGCUGUAUCAAUAGGCAGGUGACUAAUUGCCAAGUUAUAGUAGUUAGUAGAUGAUGAUGAUGAUGAUCUUCAAUUUUGAAAUGAAAAUAUGGAUGAACCCUAUUUGUGUUUUGAGACUGAUCCCUGGAGAGAUUAGGAUUCUUCACUUUUUAGUCUUAAUGCUCAUUAUUUUUUACACUUUUGCUCUAUGAGUUUGAAGUUGUAUUGUAUCUCAUUUUUAUGGAUGUUGUGGAAAUCAUAUCCCAAUAUUUAUUCACAUUUUAUUGUUCUCUAA